AUGGCACGCGAAAUUUUCCUGACAGCCUGGUGGCAAUGGCAUGUUAAAUUGCAGGUCAAAUUGUUUUUCGUUUUUGAUUUCCUCCUGGUGAAUAUAUUUCGCCUUUUAUUCUACUUGGCUUACUAUGCCUUGCCCUCUGCACGGCCCCCUCGUUGGCCCUAUAGGCGCUGCAUCUCAAUCGAGCUGGUCAAACUUUCUGUUGAAUUCAUCUACGGAAUAGAACACAACACCAAGUUAUCCCUCAAUCCAGGCAGAGAGGGCGAUCGAUUCGUCAUCAUCAAGCCUCGCUUGGACGGUCUAUAUACUGACAUUCUUGACGAUUCUAAAAUUAAGCCUGCCUUGAUAGGCGCCGUCUGGUAUCCAAGACCCUACAGCACCACAGAAACCUCCAAGAACGUUGUCCUUCACUUCCACGGAGGCGCAUACUUGACAGGUGAUGCCCGCGAAGAGACCUGCGGCUUCAGCGCCCGCUCCUUAAGCCGAGACUUCGAUGACGCCCCUGUACUCUGCGUGGACUAUCGCUUGGCAAAUACCCCGAGUGGCCGUUUCCCAGCCGCCAUCCAAGAUGCAGUCACAGCCUAUCGCUACCUCAACGAAGACCUCGGCAUUGACUCAUCGCGAAUCAUCCUCUCUGGCGACUCGGCAGGUGGCAAUCUCGUUCUGGCCCUGUUACGUUACCUCGUCGAUCACCCAAACUUGUUAUCUCUGCCUCGAGCGGCCCUUCUCUGGUCUGCCUGGAUCAACUUCUCUGAUAUGAAACACAUCAACCGGAGCGUGAACGAGGAGAUUGAUUGUCUCAAAGCGAAGUUUCUGCAAUGGGCUGUGAACAAGUUGACUGAUAAUGGGAGGAGUGUACCGAGUACACACCCCUAUCUCUGUUUCGCAAACUCCCCUUUCCAUGUCUCGGUACCUAUUUGGGCUAUGGUCGGAACUGCAGAGAGCUUCUAUGAGUCUAAUGUUCAGUUUGUGCAGGAUAUGCGUGCCAUAGGUAAUACAGUGACACUGUAUGAAAUACCGGAUGCACCACAUGAUGCGUUUAUUGCGAGAAGGGCGUAUGAGUUGCAAGCGGAGGUCGAGGAAGCGACUAGGAAUGCGUGGGAGUUUAUUCAGAGUAAUCUAGCUGUGAGUUGA